AUGAUGCUGGGUCGAGCAGCUCCGUUAGUGCUGCGCCGCUGCUUGUCGACGUCCGCAGGCCCGCGCCGCGCCAAGGGGCUGAACCUCACGCCCUAUGUGUCUCCUCUGCUGCUGCGGCUGCACCCGGACACUGUACAACGCCAAGCGCCGGCUCUGGCGCAGGAGAACGAGCAGGCCCUCAAGCACCUCAACGUGUUCCUCGAGCUGGCCACGCUGGGCUGCAACAACGACGCAUUCAACGCCCGCAAGCAGGUGCUGGCGCUGAGUGAGAGUCGGCAAUCCAUCGAGGACCAGCCGCUGCGGUUCCCAUUGGUUUUCCACGUCCCCGCGGACGAUUUGGACGCCCAGAGCCGCGUCGACGGGUUCGUGGAGGUCAAGUACACCGUCGAGGUGCCCGGUCGACUGGUGAAGCGGACGCUGUCCAAUCCUGGACGGUCCGUUAGUGCUCGGACGGACCCAGAGGCUGCAUUGCAGGCGCCUUUCGCUCGCGAGUGGCAGCGCACGACGAGACGCAUCCUGCAGGACCUGUUCGCGUUGGCUCAGGUGCCGCUGGUCGUGGAAGAGGAGGGCGAAGUGACCAAGAGGACGGCGCUGGCCGAGUGGCUGGAGGAAGAGGACACGGUUGCGGACCAGGCCGACAUGCACGGUAUCCGUGUUGGAGAGAAGAACAAGGCUAAGAAGCGGGAGCACGAGCAGUUCGAUAAAAUCUUCCACGCGAUGCUCACGCGCGAGAAGAACAUCGUGCAGGAAACCACGACGGGGCUGGAGGACGGACCGACGACGCAACACGCGGUCUUGACGAGUCUGCUUCGGUCGAGGCUUUUCCUGCCCAAGUUUCAGGACCCGCACAUGAAGAAGAGCGCGUUCCACUGGAUCGCCAACUUCUUGCUGGUCAACUUUAUGGAGCUGCGUCUGCACAGUCUCGUGUGGAACAAGAUCACGCUGCUGAUCACAGCGGACGCGGACGUGGAGGAGCCGCAGGUCUCCUGGGACGAAGAGGCCCCCGAGCAGGGCAUGGGUAUCCUCAUCCCCAUCGGAAUGGACUAUGACGCCCUGACCGAUUUUAUCUACGAACACGUGGAAGACCUGGAGUUUGCAUUGGAUGAGAAGUCUACUCGGGCCCAGACAGCCGCGAAGAUGGAGCAACAGCGACUUCGGCGUGAGAAGAAGAAGAAACGGCAGAAACGUCAAGGACACUUUUAUCAGGACGAGGUGAACGCCAUCUUUCGGAAAAACUAA